AUGACUUCCACAUGUAUUUUAUCACCUGUAAAGGUAACUACUGCUUCAUCUGUUACUACAUCAUGUGAAACAUUAACACCAACAAAAAUUAAUAAUACUAUAAAAUUAAAAAAUGAUUUUAUUAAUAAAAUAUUAGUAAUGAAAAAUGAAUCAUCAAAUAAUCCAGUUUUUACAUUAGAAAGAUAUAAACAAACAAUUGAAUUAAUUAAUGAUGCAAAAUUAAAAAAAAGACAAGUUAAAUUCUUUAUUUCGGAAUGUAAUGAAUGCAAAAUUAAGCGCGCAAAACCAAGAAAUUCAUCGAAAUUAGUUAUACGUCCAAUUAUUUCAAAUGAUUUUAAUUCACGUGGUCAAGUAGAUCUUAUUGAUAUGCCAUCUUCUCCUGAUGGUGAGUUUAAAUUUAUUUUAAAUUAUCAAGAUCAUUUUACAAAAUUUUCUAUUUUACGACCACUUACAUCAAAAACUGCAGCGGAAGUCGCAUUUAAUUUGUUAGAUAUUUUUACUACAUUUGGUGCACCUGCAAUAUUGCAAUCAGAUAAUGGGAGGGAAUUUGUGGCUAGAGUUAUUGAAGAAUUAGCAUUAAUAUGGAAAGAUCUUAAAAUUAUUCAUGGAAAACCUCGCCAUCCAAUAUUAAAUAAUAGUCCAUAUGCAGUUUUAUUUGGUAAUGAAUCUAAAUUAGGAUUAUCAUCAACAUCUUUAAAUCCUUCUAUUUUUAAUGAUAUAACAACUGAAGACGAGUUAAUAAGUGAAUUUGGUAUAUUAACAAAUGAUGUAGAUGAUGUGAAUUCAUGUACAAGUGAUAGUGAACAAGAUGGAUUAAAAUUUAAUGAAUUAAUAAUUGCUGAAUUAAAUGAUAAUAAUCAAUUAGAUAAUAAUAAUAAAUUAGAUGAUAAUAAUGUAUUAAAUAUUAUUGAACAAAAUAAAAAUAAUAAUGAUUUACUUACUAACAGAGUUAAAAAAACAAAUAAUAUUCGUGAAGUUGGACGACAUGGCCAAAAACGACAAGCUGAUGAAUUUUUGCAAAAUAUAACAAAACGACAUAAAUUAGCUGAUCUAAACGUUGGCGAUAAUGUUUUGGUUCCAGUACCAGAUGUUGAUCGUGGACCAACUGAUGCGCGUAAUGUACUUGCUGUUAUUAUUGAAAUAAAAGAUGACAAAUACAAAUUAGGAGUAGAACAAGGUGUUAUUAAUAAUUAUUAUAGUUUUAAUCAGUUUUCAAAAGCUCCAGGAAUACCAACUAUAUUAAUUGAAGACGUCGAUCAAAGUAUUAAGAAAUCAUUAAGAGAAGUUGUUAAAUUACAGAGUGUUACAGGCGGACAAGGAUUUUUAAAAUGUUCGUGUAAACGUGGUUGCUCAAGUAGUAGGUGCAAGUGUAAAAAAAUAAACUUUUAUGCAAUUCGAGAUGUCAUAAUUCCACAUCAUGUUGUAAUAAAUAAUUGUGAUAUAUAA